ACGAAAGAUUUGAAUAAUUAAAAGCAUUUUAAUAGGUUUGGUUAAAAUAAAAGAAUCUAAAAAAUGUCUGGAUAAAAAAUAGACAAUAUUUAAUUUUUUAUUAACUUAAAACAUGUGUCAUUACAUAUAAAUAUUCGUCUCAACCUGAACCAUCUAUUACUUUUUCCUACGUAUAAAAAAGAAGUUCACUACUCAAAGCAUACAUUGCCAAGAGUUCCACCUUUUUUUAUAACUCUCCACUCAUCAAUGGAUUUCGCCAACCUGUUCUUCCUCCUCCUCCUCUCCCUCACCCCUUUCCCCCACCGCCGCCACCACCCUCUAACCCUCGCCGGCGCCGACCCAACCCUGAUCGAAACCACCUGCAAAACCACCAAACACUACGACCUCUGCCUCUCCUCCCUCAAAUCCAACACCACCAGCUCCACCGCCGACGUCAAGGGACUCGCCCUCAUCAUGAUUGGCAUCGGGACGGCCAACGCCACCGCCACCUCCUCCUACUUAACCUCACAGCUUCCCGCCGCCGCCGCCACGACCGCGACCAAAAACGGGUCCAGAAACGCCGCCGUUCUGAAGAGGGCCGUGCUGAAGGAGUGCGCGGACAAGUACACGUACGCCGGGGCCGCGCUUCAGGGCGCGGUGGACGACGUCGGGAUGGAAGAGUACGAUUACGCCUCCAUGCAUGUGAUGGCGGCGGCAGAUUACCCGAGCGCGUGUCACAACGCGUUCCGGAGGUAUAAUGGGUUGUUGGUAUACCCGCCGGAGCUGGGACGGAGGGAGGAUGGGUUGAGGCGGAUUUGCGAUGUGGUUUUGGGAAUCAUUGAUCUCCUCAUUAAUGUUGGUGGUAAUUAAUAAUUUUCAUGUUGAUGUUUUAUGAGUGCGGUUGGUUUUUUCAUUAUGCUUUUUGUAUUUAUUUGUAUGAUAUGUUCUUUAUCACUCUUUUCUGCACGUAAAUUUGCUUUCCUGCCGAGUGCCGACACAUCACAUUCACUUUUCUCUGCGUUCCAAACGAUACGGGAGAGGAUAACUUACACUAUGUUUGGCAACAAGGGGUGCAAGUUCGAGGGGGUACAAGUUGAGGGGUAAAUUGUUGGGGGGUGCAACUUGGUGGAGGGUGUAAGUGGAGGGGUAAAUUGUUGUUUGGAUGAAAAAGUAGGGGGGGUGCAAAUAGAGUAAAAAGUAAGUAAUUAUAUUAUUAUAAAAUAGAUUUAUCAAUUUAUAAAAUAUUAUCACAAAAUAAUAACAUGAAAAUUCAAUAUAUAAUAAUAAAAAUAAUAAAUAAAAAUAAUAAAUAAAAAUAAUUUUAAUAAAAAUAAUUAUUAUAUAAUAAUGCUCAAAUAUAAUUAUUUAUAGCAACAAUAAUAAUCAUUGGUCGAGCAACCUCGAAACUCGAAAUCCAACUCGUAACUGGUCAUCCUAAGGGGGUUCUCGUGCCUAACUUUAAAUUGAAUAUGGUCAAACUUAGUCAAACACGUUCGAAUCUGUAAGUUUUAACUACUUAUUAAAGUAAAUCGAGUUAACUAAACUGUUCCUCUCUAUCUUUUCAACAAAUGCUUCUUAUCUCUAAUUUUCAAUGCAAAUUCGGGUCAACUAAGAGAUAUCGAUUUGACGAGGCGAACAUUGACAAACUUGCUCUCUGAGUCAAACGGUCAACCCCAAACAACUUCUACACUAAUAUAGAUAUAAGAAAAAAUUAAUAAUAUUAAUUAUUAUGUAAUUAUAAUCUAAUUAAAAAUUCAUAAUUCCCCUCCUCCCCCUUCCCCCUCCCUUCCUUCCUUCCCUUGCACCCCAAUUUGGGGGGUAAGCCGAAACAGUGAAUUUACGCUCACGUUUUGCACCCCCCUACUGUUACAAAAUAACCAAACGGGGGUAAACACCUUGGAACUUGUGUUUACCCCUCCAAACUUGCACCCCCUUCCAUUUACACCCCUUCCCAAACAUAGUGUUAAAAUCCAGAGUUGUAUCAGGUUUUUGCACAAUCAAACAGACUACAAGUUGGCGAGAGGAUUUUGGUGGAGAUUGAAUGAUGUAUUUUAAAAAAAGUUAAAUUGAAAUUUCGAGUACUUUACACUCGACGAUCGUAGUUGUAAAGCAAAUAUUGUUUGUGUUGGAUUAGCAAAACCUUUCUCAGAAUUUUUUUUUAUUAGCCAAAUCUAUUGAGUUACUAAUAAUUAUUUAAAUUUUUUGAAAAACAUCAAGAUAUUAUUCAGUUUUACGUAAUAGUUAAUAAUUUUGUAACUCUUUUCUUACUUAAAAUACUAAAUUUUUGAGAUGUUG